GCAAUCCAGCUCGUUUUCAUUUAACUAGUAUCAAUGACUAUUGAUAUGGUAAAAUUCGUGAAUUCAUUUCCCGAUAACUUAGGUUAUGCAGGAGCGAAAUAUGAGCUCCACAUCGGGCCAAUCAUACAUACACUUUCAGCUACAAUCCAUGUCGUGAUUUGCCUGCCGAGUUCCGGGUCUCACAAACUCUCAAAUUCUUUUUUCGAAAAAGCAGUAUACUCUGUAUCCGACCAUUAGACUAUCAUCUAUUGGAAAAUGUUGGUCGAAUUCGGGAUGCCGACAAUGAUGAUCAAGAAUCGGAGUCGUUUCUUGUUCUGGCAUAUAGUUAACAAUGUGUCCUCCUUUGAAUCUACUCUUCAUCGAGUAUGAACAUUCUUUCAAGCAGGAUUCACAGCACGAAGAGCAAAUAUGUCAACCGGACUCCUUCCAGCGCCCCCUGGUGUGACGCCAGAUUUAAAUCCAUCUGCUCUGUCAAGUACGCAGGUGGCUUUCAUUAUUGCAUACACCAUUACACUUGGUCUGGCUAGUAGUACUCUUGGUAUCCGAUUGUACACAAGGAUUAGUAUCAUGAACUCUUUUGGUUUGGAUGAUGUCGCGAUUAUUCUUUCAUAUGCAUGUUCAAUUGCAUAUUUUGCUAUCACUGUCGAUUGCAUGAGAUUUGGAUUCGGUAGACACCUAUGGGAAGUUACUGCUGAACAGAUGGCCUCCUAUCUUACAAAACUCAGCCCUAUGGUAGCUACCUACGCUUGGGCCCCCGCAUUCACCAAAUUAUCCAUUCUCAUCCUCCUUUAUCGACUCAAUCCAAGCAACUACUUCCGUAUAGGCUGUUGUUUCGUCGCCGGGAUAAUCAUAAUCUACACUCUCGCCAUAUCUCUAAUAAUAGCUAUUCCAUGUGUUCCCACAAACCCCGCGAAUGGUGCAUGUCUCAACCAGUGUGGACUCUGGCAAGCAAUCUUCAACAUUCUUACAGAUGCAGCCAUUCUUAUACUUCCAUCACAUAUGCUAUAUCUUUUGAAGCUGCCGUUGAGGCAAAAAUUGGCGGUUGCAUCGAUUUUUUCGACGGGUAUUUUUGUGAUAAUCAUCUGUAUAGUCCGUAUAACAUACAUCAUGGCGCUUCAAAAUAAUUCAGAUGUGCUAUACACUCAAGGCAGAGCAGCAGUAUGGUCAUCCGUAGAAAUAAACAUUGGCAUUUUCUGCAAUACCCUUGUCGUUCUCCGUCCUUUCAUCCGUCAAUACUUUCCAGGUCUCUUCUCAUCUCAUCUCAUAUCUGACGACCCUCGUCAAAUACCCGACCCGGAAGCAAAUCUAGAAUCUAGGAAGCGAAAAAUUGGAAAAUUGAGGAAGAAGAACUCGUUAACUCUUACAACGAUGGAUCAUCAGAUGGAAACAAUGGAUAAACAAUCGGGCAUAACGAGGGAGUAUGAAGUGAGUGUUGAGAGAAGUGGUGGCGAGGGAACUAGUGAUGAGAGUUCAGGAAAAGAGAGGGAGAGGGAGGAUGAAACGGAGAGUAUGGAGCGAAUGAUUAGGCGAGUGAAUGUGGAUGGAGGUGAUAGAUUGUGAUGGGAGUGCGGAAGAGAAAGUGACUCAAUUGGUCACUGGUAGAUAUGAAAAGAAGGAGAGGGAAAACAUAUGACCGCUCACAGACAGAGAUAAAAGACUGCCGAGAUUGCAUCUUCAAAAACAGCAGAUGAUCUCGCCAAUUCACUCGAUCUAUGAGCUCCAACAAGAUACAAAACACGGAACAUCAAUAGUUUCAUCGGAAAUUAACGAGGAUGAUGAGCUUUUGCGGCUUUUCAGAAAAACAGCAUGAAAAGAUACAAUUGGAUUGGACGGGUUGAAAUUAGACAAAAGACGAAAUAUAAGGCGUUUGGUUGGGUAAUAGUGCGGGUUAUAUAUUCAAAAUUGAAUAUUUCGCAUGAUUACUUUCGUUAUUAGAAAAUAAAUGGGUGUACAAUAAUUCUGGGUAUAUUCGAAAGCAUGAAUGUAUUUUUAUGGCAAAGCAAAAGAGGUUUGAUCUUGUAUAUUGGAUGGUAUCAUGGACUUCGUGAGACUGGUGUGAUGAAUGGAAAUUGUUGAUGGAGGGUUACGGAGAUAUGGCAGUGUGAAGUGGAGUGACAGUUGCCCUUUUUGUAAGUAUUGAACGAUGAAUGUGUUU